GAGGCGCCUGGCUGGCUGGGUGGGGACCACCAUGGGCAAUGCGGCCGGCAGCGCCGAGCAGCCCGCUGGCCCGGCAGUGCUGUCCCCUAGGCAGCCUGCUGCCCCCAAGCAGCCGAUGCCCGCGGCGGGAGAGCUGGAAGAAAGGUUUAAUCACGUCCUGAACUGCAUGAACUUGCCCCCAGACAAGGUCCAGCUACUAAGCCAGUAUGACAACGAGAAGAAGUGGGAGCUCAUCUGUGACCAGGAGAGGUUUCAAGUCAAGAACCCCCCUGCAGCCUACAUCCAAAAGCUGAAGAGCUACCUGGAUACUGGUGGGGUCAGCCGAAAGGUAGCAGCUGAUUGGAUGUCCAACCUGGGGUUUAAGAGGCGAGUUCAAGAGUCCACGCAGGUGCUUCGGGAGCUGGAGACAUCCCUGAGGACAAAUCACAUUGGGUGGGUGCAGGAAUUUCUCAAUGAAGAGAACCGUGGCCUGGAUGUGCUCCUCGAGUACCUGGCCUUCGCCCAGUGCUCUGUCACGUAUGACAUGGAGAACACAGACAAUGGGGCUUCCAAUUCAGAGAAGAACAAACCACUAGAGCAGUCGGUGGAAGAUCUCAGCAAGGGUCCACCUGCAUCCAUGCCCAAAAGUCGCCACCUGACCAUCAAGUGCCCCCCUUCUCCCCGGCUGACCCCGGCCCACAGCAGGAAGGCCUUGCGAAAUUCCCGCAUUGUCAGCCAGAAGGACGAUGUCCACGUCUGCAUCAUGUGCUUGCGUGCCAUCAUGAAUUACCAGUCUGGCUUCAGCCUUGUCAUGAACCACCCAGCCUGUGUCAACGAGAUUGCUCUGAGCCUCAACAACAAGAACCCCAGAACAAAGGCUCUGGUGCUGGAGCUGCUGGCAGCUGUGUGCCUGGUUCGGGGAGGACAUGACAUCAUCCUUGCAGCCUUUGACAACUUCAAGGAGGUGUGUGGGGAACAGCACCGCUUUGAAAAGCUGAUGGAAUAUUUCCGGAAUGAGGACAGCAACAUCGACUUCAUGGUGGCCUGCAUGCAAUUCAUCAACAUCGUGGUACACUCAGUAGAGAACAUGAACUUCCGUGUCUUCCUGCAAUAUGAGUUCACCCACCUGGGCCUGGACCUGUACUUGGAGAGGCUCCGCCUGACUGAGAGCGACAAGCUGCAGGUGCAGAUCCAGGCAUACCUGGACAAUGUCUUUGACGUGGGCGCCCUGUUGGAGGACACCGAGACCAAGAAUGCUGUGCUGGAACACAUGGAAGAGCUGCAGGAGCAGGUGACGCUGCUGACAGAGCGGCUUCGGGACGCGGAGAACGAAUCCAUGGCCAAGAUCGCGGAACUGGAAAAACAGCUGAGCCAGGCUCGCAAGGAGUUGGAGACCCUGCGGGAGCGCUUCAGCGAAUCGACCGCCGUGGGUGCCUCCAGACUUGCCCCGGAGCUUGAGAAAGUGCCUCCCCCGGCCCCGGCUCGGCCCUCCGCCCUGGAGCUCAAGGUGGAGGAGCUGGAGGAGAAGGGGUUAAUCCGUAUCCUGCGGGGGCCCGGGGAUGCGGUCUCCAUCGAGAUCCUCUCGGUCGCUGUGGCAACUCCGAGCGGGAGUGAUGCUCCAACUCCGGGGGUGUUCGCUGGCUCCCCCAGCCCAGGUAUCCCACCUGCAGCAGAGUGGGUCCCUGGAGCCGCACCACCGCCGCCGCCGCCACCUCCACCGCCCCCACUCCCCUCCCAGCAGGAAGCCCCGUCCCUGGCACCCCCACCGGCUCCUCCCCUCCCAGGAAGUCCAGAGCCCCCACCCGCGCCACCGCUGCCCGGAGAACUGCCGCCCCCGCCUCCGCCACCACCGCCGCCUGGUACUGAUGGGCCAGUGCCUCCACCGCCCCCGCCGCCUCCGGGAGGUCCCCCUGAUGCCCUUGGAGGGCCCGGGCAAGAGUUGGGCCCAGGAGUGAAGGCCAAGAAACCCAUCCAGACCAAGUUCCGAAUGCCACUCUUGAACUGGGUGGCCCUGAAACCCAGUCAGAUCACUGGUACUGUCUUCACAGAACUCAAUGAUGAGAAGGUGCUGCAGGAGCUGGACAUGAGUGACUUUGAGGAGCAGUUCAAGACCAAGUCCCAAGGCCCCAGCCUGGACCUCAAUGCUCUCAAGAGUAAGGCAGCCCAGAAGGCCCCCAGCAAGGCAACACUCAUUGAGGCCAACAGGGCCAAGAACCUGGCCAUCACCCUGCGCAAGGGCAACUUGGGAGCUGACCGCAUCUGCCAGGCCAUUGAGGUGUACGACCUGCAGGCACUAGGCCUGGACUUCCUGGAGCUAUUGACUCGCUUCCUGCCCACGGAGUAUGAGCGCAGCCUCAUUGCCCGCUUUGAGCGAGAGCAGAGGCCAGAGGAGGAGCUGUCAGAGGAGGACCGCUUCAUGCUGCGUUUCAGCCGCAUCCCGCGCCUGCCGGAGCGCAUGGCCACGCUCACCUUCCUGGGCAACUUCCCUGACACAGUCCAGCUGCUCAUGCCGCAACUGAAUGCCAUCAUUGCAGCCUCAAUGUCCAUCAAGUCCUCAGACAAACUCCGCCAGAUUUUGGAGAUUGUCCUGGCCUUUGGCAACUACAUGAACAGCAGCAAGCGUGGAGCAGCCUAUGGCUUCCGGCUCCAGAGCCUGGAUUCGCUGUUGGAGAUGAAGUCGACUGAUCGCAAGCAGACGCUGCUGCACUACCUGGUGAAGGUCAUUGCUGAGAAGUACCCGCAGCUCACAGGCUUCUACAGUGACCUGCACUUCCUGGACAAGGCGGGUUCAGUGUCCCUGGACAGUGUCUUGGGUGAUGUGCGCUCUCUGCAGCGAGGCCUGGAGUUGACACAGCGGGAGUUUGUGCGGCAGGAUGACUGUGUGGUGCUCAAAGAGUUCUUGAGGGCCAAUUCACCCACCAUGGACAAGCUACUAGUAGACAGCAAGACUGCUCAGGAGGCUUACGAGUCUGUGGUGGAGUACUUUGGAGAGAACCCCAAGACCACAUCCCCGAACCUGUUCUUUUCCUUCUUUAGCCGCUUCAUCAAGGCCUAUAAGAAAGCUGAGCAGGAGGUGGAACAGUGGAAGAAAGAAGCAGCUGCCCAGGAGGCAGGCACUGACACCACCAGCAAAGGGGAGUCCUCUGCACCCAAGUCCCCACCCAAGGCUCGGCGACAACAGAUGGACCUUAUCUCUGAGCUGAAACGGAAGCAACAGAAGGAGCCACUCAUCUAUGAGAGUGACCGUGACGGGGCCAUUGAAGACAUCAUCACAGAUCUGCGGAACCAGCCGUACAUCCGUGCAGACACAGGCCGCCGCAGUGCCCGCCGGCGUCCCCCGGGCCCCCCGCUGCAGGUCACCUCUGACCUCUCGCUGUAGCUGCUACAUCCACAGGUGGAUUUUGCAGGGCAGGAUGCCGCCCUGGGCAGGCUAGGGCUCAAGGAAGGUGGUCCUGAGCUCGGCUGGGCCGGGCAGCCCCCUCCUCCACUGUCCCCACCCUGGGCCCGCCUCAGAUGGCCCAGCGCACCAUUCUCUUGCCACAGAGAUCAACAAUGCUGGUCCCUCGCCCCAGAUGCUGCUCACAGCACUCCCCUUCUCCCCUCCAAAUAGCCAUAGUUAGUCUCAGCAGGAGCCUGGCCUGUAACUUAUAAAGUGCACCUCAUCCUCCCAACUCCCAGACCCGAGGACUCUCCAAGGACCUUAUUUUUAUACGAGAUUAAUAAAGACGUUUGCAAAA